GCGAAAGAAAGUUCGCCGCAACGUUUGUCCAUUUGUUAUUAAAAAAAAAAAAAAAUCGUCACGUGGAGAAUCGAAAAAAAACAUCGUUAGCGGCAUUUACGUUUACGUUUUUCAUCUUUUCAAAAUAAUCACGGAAGUUCGAAAGUUACUCGACACGCGCUUGUCAUCUCGCGUUCACACGUGUCAGGUAUUCGUCGUCCUGGACAGCGAUUGGCCAAUUCCUUCGUUCAAGUUCCCGGACAAGUUUCCAGCCAUUUUUGUCAUAGCGUUGCGAGCACAAGCCCUAAGGAAUCGCACCGAUUCCGCAAAAGUAGUGCGGAACAUCCAAGCACCUUCGGAUUGUAAUCAUAUGUGAUACAUGUAAAUGAGGAAAACACGUCAACACGAAAAAAAAAACUGGCGGUCGAGUGGCGGAUCGCGAAUUAAUGACGAGCAAUUAAAUGCGACGUGUUCGCGACACGAGGAACUUAACUGACAUUAUCUGUCAUCGAUGAUUAGUACGUUUUAUCGCGCACACGUAGUACCUGUUAACGUACACGCACAGUCGGACCCAGUGAACUCGUCAUUCUGUUUGCGACAUGCGAUUCGCGUUGUCGCACGGUCGUCGUCGCUGUUUCCGCAGCUGAUCGACAUCGUCAAAUGGACAUAAUCCCGGCGACAAGUGGCUACGCGAUAUCGAAGUAUUCGAAUAUAUAUCGAAACAAGCGAGAAUCGGCGAGACUUUUUUGGAAUGUGAUAUCGCAACACUGGCCGUGCCGCUGUAAAAACACGCACAUUGUAAAAAAAGAAAAACAAAAACAAUGAGUUGGCUGUUAAGAAACAAUCCGAUACGAACGAGCUUCAGCAAGCCGCGGUCCAGAGACUCGCCCCCAAAAGAUGCCGAUCCGUCCGCGUGUUACGACAGCUUCUGCAAACACUGGCAGCAAACUUACGAGAUUAUCGUGCAUUCUUUCCCUCCUAAAGGGUUGCCUAGUCAAGACGACGUGCUGGGAGUUGUCAAUCAUAUCGAGCAAAUAGUAACGCUGCUGAUGCUGGAGUUGCGAGACUCGACGUCGCAUCACUACCGACAGCAGACCAAUGCCGCGACACAUUCACCGUGCUUGGAAUAUUUAUUGAGUGAAAAUUUACUUGUUAAGUUAUACGAUUGGAGUGUACACACAGGAAGAUUCAAUAAUGCUGUGAGAUUGCAACAGAUAAAGCUUUACGAGCUAUUGGUUUCGCACAGUGGUACUCUUCUCGCACACGAACCUGUGACAAGGCCGCUUCUAAGGUUACUGGAAGAUUGCACAAAUGACAUUAUGCCACCAGAAGUGGAACAGAAAUUAGUAGUGCUAUUGAAUCAGCUGUGCGUCGCAUUGAUGCAAAAUAUGGCGUUGCUCGACCUGUUCUUCCAGCCAAAUGCAAUUGGGAAAAACAAAUUCAUCAUAUUCAACUUAUUGAUAUAUCGUGUUCACAAAGAAAGCAUUUGCCAGCCAGCACGUGACGCUAUGUUGUUGUGCAUGUCGCUGUCAAAGAAAAACGACGAAGUGGGAUCGUACAUUGCUGAGCAUUCCGACAUAUGUUCUGUACUAGCUUAUAGUUUGAGCGCAUUUUAUUCUGCUCUUCCAAGAAAACUCGAUAUUGAGACUGACGAUUGGCAUCAAUUGACGCCGGACGAUGUGAACGACCUGCCAGCACUCACGCAAUUUGUGAAUUUGCUGGAAUUCUGCAACGCGAUUGCACAAGUGGCGCAUCCAAUGGUGCAGAAAAAGUUGCUUGAAUUUUUACACCAAGGUUUUCUGGUGCCUGUUAUGGGUCCUGCUUUGUUACAGGAUUCUCUUGGCUUGACCGUAGAACAGCUAGAUGCGCAACAACAUUGGACGACCUUAGAAGAAUUAGUCGCAGCAACGGCUUAUUUUGAUUUGUUUCUCCGAUCAGUGACCGAACCUGGCUUGUUGCGGUCGCUCGUUAGGUUUUUAUUAGAAGAUAAUUAUGACGACUCCAGGAUACUGGAUAGUCUGAUAAAAAGGAUAUCCUCUCGCUCAAGGUUGUGUUUAGUCACUCUGGCGUUGUUCGAAACUCUGGUGAACUUGAACUGCGAGGACGUCAUGUUGGAGCUUUGUCUGGGCGCUUUGAAUCCGUGCUCGCAUGUGAUGCUAUCUCAACGUAGUCGGCUGAGAGACGUGGAUCCUUUCGGACGAGCAGCGGAGAAGUUUCUAUCUCUGACUCCGCGUUGCUGUUCCACGUUCGCAUCGUCGUCGUCGUCGUCGUCGUCGUCGUCAUUAGACUCUCAAACAAACUCUUUACCGAGCGCUUGUACAUACGACAAAUCCUCAUACACCUCGUCCGAUUCAAUGAGAUCGUUACCGGUGACGGUGAAUCACGGCUCUAAAUUGCUGGACAGUUUGUACGGAAAUUAUCACGCGUAUCUCCGUGACGCGAGGCAGAAAAUCAAAGCCUGUCGUAUCGCGUGUUCCAAUUGGUCCUGUCGUUACGACGGCAGUUUGCCGCGAAACAGUAACGCCAGCAGCGCGAACACACUGAUAGACGAAAAUACGUCCGAUCAGUCGCAGAAAAGAACAGAAGAAUCGAGAACGUCGCCGUUGGAAACGCUCAAAACUUCAACGAGUUCGCGCGAAAACGAUCAAGACACCGCAAUCGACAAUGUACUGCUCAAUAUUCAGUCUUUGUUGGAGGGCAAAGAUUUGAACAGCAAUGAACACAAUAGUAAAAACGAGUUGACUGCCACGGUCGCGCUGUCCCUCGAGGAACAGGCGAAAUUAGACGCCGACAUCGCGGAACUGUUGAACGAGGACAUCGGAGUGACAUCGAGGUGUACGGAAGAAACUUGUUUUGAUAAAAAAGAACCCGACAGUUGUAUAGACGAGUCGACAACCGCGAUGAAUUCGCUCAUGUCGCUAGGAGAGAGCAGCGGAUACGAGAGUUACGCGUUCAAAGGAUCGCCCGAGUCAACGCCCGAAUCAACACCCGACAACGAGAUAAACGAAGAUCGUAUAAGCGAGCACGACGAACACGAAGAAAUGGACGUUACCAUUAAGAAAGAAAUCAGCGACGAGUCGAAUGGAAUCGCGGAUCUGAGCGCUCCGACGAUUGUGGAGGAAACGUUAUCGAACAAAUCAAAGGAUGCCUCGUGUCGACAAGACGCGUUCAACGGCCAGCCGAACGUCGGCACAUUUUUGGACGUGGUUCUGCGAAAACUCGAGUGCAUGACGAGCAAUAACUUGUAUGUCAAUUUACAUCUCACCGGCCUUAUCAGUAGACUCGCAAUAUAUCCGCAACCUUUGCUGCAAUCUUUUCUGCUCAACCAUUCUCUUGUGUUUCAACCUAGCAUCAGAUCUCUAUUCCAGGUACUUGCGUCAUUGAAGCACAAAAUAGAUCAAUUUCUUUCGAAGCAUAAUAACGUGGAGUUGUUGGUCGAACAAGCUAGGUCGUUUUUAAUCAGUCGAGAAGACAAGCUGGUAAACGCAAGAAAAAAUGCGAUAGAAGCCGCCGCUCAAUCUUCAUCCGUUACCCGCCAAAAGCAUUCGCUGGCGGGUGAAUCGUUUGCAAUAGUAUUCAAAAGACGAGAAGCAAGAAGAAAAAGUUUGACACUGUCGUUUACACAAAUCUUCAAACGAACGGGAGUCGGCUUCGGUCCGAGCAGUUUACCGAGUUCCAACAAUCAACCGUCCAGUAUAUCGGAAGAUCAACUGCAAGAAGUUAGAUCUGGAUAUAGGUACAGAAAAACGUCAUGGGAAUCGCCGAAUGAAGUAAGUCCGGAGCAGAAUGUUGUUCUAUGCGCUGUUAUAUUAGACGAAUGGCUUAAAGAGCUCGCGGCAAUCACGCAGGAGCAUGCAAUUAUGUCUCUUACAGACGAUAUUGAGUUUAAAUUUUAACGUGUAAGUUCGAACACCAAAAAUUGUAGUAGAAUGUUCUCCGAAAUGUGUUUGACAGGCUUUAGAUACAUGUAGAAUAGUUCAAAAUGUUCCUUACCAAUAGAGAAAGAAAAAAAUUUUAGAGUAGGAUAUCUUUCAUUUACUUUUCUCUUUCGACAGGGUUUUGGAAUACGCUAGUAAUGUGAUAAUAUCAUAGUUUGUAAAAAAAAAAAAAAAAAAAAAGAAAAAUUAAUUGUAAUCCUUGCUCCAAAAAGCGCAAUUUAAAAAAUGCGAAACCGUUAGAUGCUGGUUUAGCAUGUAUUUUAAGGAACCAACGCAAUAUAUUGAAAAACAAAUUUACAUUGUAGUCUUAAUUAGUGUCCUUGGAAAUUAUAUAUAUAUAUAUAUAUAUACAUGUAUAAAAAAUGACGAAGUUUUAUUAAGACAAAUGUCCGAAGCAUAUUUUUAACAACAAAAUUAAACUAAACAAAUGUUCAGCACAACGAGACAAUAUUUUUACAAUUCUCUCUCCCCUGUCUUGUAAAAUACAUUUAUAAAAAUAAGUAUAUCAUCAUAUGCAUA